AUGCCAACCAGAGUUCCUCGAGGUUCCUCGAUCAAGCGCAAGGAACGUACCCCGAGCACAGGUGCAAGUGACUCUGAUUCUGAUCCUUACUCAGAUGACGACGUAUACACAGCUCCUCUUGAAGACCAUGGCUCAUGGCUUGCAGACUACCAAUUAACUCAAAAAAUGUGGCUGGGAAUCUCUCUGUUGAUUUUGUUCUUGGGCUGGAAAUACAUGAUACCUAAUAUGGGCCAACGACAACAUAACAGAAGACCAACUAGAAGUGCUUAUAAUGCCAAACUCAUCACCCCAAGCAAUGUAUCUGCGAUUCCAUUGUUAUAUAAGGAUAUUACCUACAAUGCUACCAGAAAGGAAGGAGACAUAUUUCGAGGACGAUUUGACACAUUUCCAGGCAACACGCUUUUAACUUUCAACAGAUUUAUUAACGAGAUGCCAAACUACCCGCAAGGGCGCCAAUUCCCAAAAUUGUUUGAGGAACAGGAUUUGACCGAACUCAUUUCUGAUGUUACACCCGUUAGAACUUCCAAUUUCAGAAUAUGGAUAAGCAAUCCUUCCUAUUGGGGAUCUUUGUCCAAGGAGCCAAUCAGAUCAAAAGUGAUCAGAAAACUAUUCAUUGAAUAUCUGAAAGGAUUAAGAGAAGGAUACAUGUUGCCCCGGUCAAACUUGUAUCUUGGAAAAUCCGUGGGACUACGUAAAGUUAUCGAGAUAGGCCAAUAUUUUUUGCCUGAGCUUGAGGCGGCCAACGAUGCCAGUCGAGCGCUACGAUUUACAGUCGAGUUUGGCAUUUACAAAGUCUUGACAGACCGAAAUCUAACAAAUCCUGACUUUGUACCUCGCUCAGAGAUUCAAAGAAUACUUUCAUUUAUACAACGCUCAAGCGACAAAUCGGAGAAGGGUCAUAGUAAUAAUACAAUCGGUUAUAUGACCUAUUGGCUCGACAAUGAAUUUGCGGCCGGUGAAAACGUGCGUGAGGUGGAGAUACCCAACUCAGUUCACCAAUUCCAGCAAGCGCUAGUCGACAUUUCGGAAAAGGUUUCAGAACUCAUCGACGAUACUGUGGAUGAGAGGAGUGGAAUUCAAGAACUUUCAUCAACGAUAUGUUACAUUGAUGCGAUAGAGAAGGGACUCAAAGAGCUUGCCUUUCAUCAUAACUUCGAGUCAAUAUAUCCAGGUCAUCCAAAUCGUCCUAUGGCAAUUUGGGAGAUUCAUAAAUGUAUUUUGAAACGAGAUAUUAGGGGACCCUUGAAAGGGUUGAAUCACUGUGGAAAACUCGAGAGGCUGAUAAAGGAAAAAGUAUAUUAA